UGCGUACUUGAUCUGUCUGAAUACUAGAUUUUGAUUGGCUGGAAGGUGUGCAUUCAUAGUAACAUACAGGUACAGUACAGCUGCUUACAGUAGUCAUAGCUUCAUCAUUAGUAGAGACGCAGCACAGACGCAGGUAGUCAUCAUGCUGGGUUCCUGGCUUCUGGUGGUGUUUUGUGUCUGCCUCCUCUUCCUCUUCAUCAGGAUCCAGAGGCCCAAGAGCUUCCCCCCCGGACCACGACCCAUCCCUAUAUUUGGGAACUUGUUUCAGUUUAACAUAAAAAAUCCUCUGAAAGACUUUGAGAAGUUGGCUGAGCAAUAUGGAAACAUUUACAGUCUGUACAUCGGGACAAAACCAGCUGUUGUUCUUAAUGGUUUAAAAGUCAUAAGAGAAGCUCUGGUGACCAAAUCUGCAGACUUUUCAGGACGCCCACAAAAUCUGCUUAAGGAUGUAACUGAAGGAAAAGGAGUCAUAAUAGCUGAUUAUGGUCUUCAAUGGAAGGAGCAUCGGCGCUUUGGUCUCAUGACCUUAAGGAACUUUGGCUUGGGGAAACAGUCUAUGGAGAACAGGAUUCUGGGAGAAAUUGAACACCUUGUUGCAAAAUUGGAUAAAUAUGCUGGAAGCUCCAUGUAUCCUCAGACUUUGUUCCAUGAUGCAGCAUCAAAUAUCAUCUACCUGGUUUUGUUUGGCACUCGCUAUGACUAUGGCGAUGAAACCCUUAAAGUGUACGUUCGGCUCUUUUCUGAAAACGCAAAGCUCGCUAAUGGAACUUGGGCAAUGAUCUAUGAUGCACUUCCUAUACUGAGGUCCUUACCCCUUCCGUUUAAAAAAGCCUUUGAUAAUUACAGCACACUUAAAAUCUUGACAGCAGACAUGAUCAACAAGCACAAGACAACAAGAGUCCCAGGAAAACCAAGAGAUCUUGUCGACUGCUAUCUGGAUGAGAUUGAUAAGAAAGACAAUGAAUCUACUUUCAGCGAAGAACAACUUGUGGUGUAUAUUAUGAAUCUGCAUAUAGCUGGAACUGAGACCACAUCCAACACACUCCUUACAUCAAUUCUAUACCUCAUGGCUCAUCCGGACAUCCAGAAGAGAUGCCAAAAGGAGAUUGAUGUGGUUCUAGAGGGAAAAUCUCAGCCGUCUUUUGAGGACAGACACAACAUGCCGUACACACAGGCUGUGAUUCACGAGUGUCAGCGCAUCGCCCAAACUGCCCCUCUGAGUGUGUUCCACUGUACCACAAGAGAUACUGAACUGAUGGGCUACACCAUCCCAAAGGGAACUAUGAUCAUCCCCAACCUAUCCUCAGUGCUGAGUGAAGAAAGCCAGUGGAAGUUUCCUCAUGAUUUUAACCCAUCAAACUUCCUGAAUGAGCAAGGACAGUUUGAGAGGCCUGAAGCAUUUAUUCCCUUUUCUGCUGGGCCUCGUGUGUGUCUGGGUGAAGGUCUGGCUCGCAUGGAGCUCUUCCUCUUCUUGGUUACUCUGUUGCGCCGCUUUCAGUUCAUUUGGCCUGAAGAUGCAGGAGAACCAGAUUUCACUCCAAUCUUUGGACUAACACUUACACCUAAACCGUACAGGAUGGGAGUCAGGUUGAGACAGCCAGCUAGAGAAAAGUAGAACCGGUAUAUGUCUGCAUAUUGAAAAUUUAUUUAUGGCUCCUAAAGAAAUUAGCCUGUCAUUACUUACUUACAUUCUUACUUAAUUUUCCAUGGCCUUAUAUGUAAAAUCUUGUGUUUUUUCUGUAAUCCUAUGAUAAGUUUAAUCAAGUCAAAUUCCAGAUAUUUCAGCCAUAUUAAAUUAAACUGCUGAAACUGCUAAUAGUAACCCUGGAUCUUGUUUUCAACUAUGAUUGAAAAAUUGCAUUCGUUACAAGAGGUUUAUGUUUGUACUUCUAAAUGCCAAAUGCCAUAAAUGUAAAUAUAAAACUAUAAAAACAAUAAAGCACAUUUUAAUUGCUUA